AUGAAAUAUGAUAUUUAUCAAUUUAAUUACAAUAAAUCAAAUAUCAUAUUUUAUUAUUAUGAUUUAAUCAUUGCCAUCUCGUAAUAAAUAAUUGAUCGAGUCUCCAUUUGUGUGAUUAAAGGAAAAAGCAGAGAGAGACAGAUAAAAACAGUACACCUUAUGUGUGUUUUAGAUUAGGAAUAAUUUUCUACAUUAAGGUUUUUUUGAGCCUAGAUGAUACUUAGCUGAUUUAUCAUUCUUCUCCCAUUUCCAUUGGGCAAUUACACAUUGUAUUUCUCAUCAUCAUUUUACUAACAGUAAUAUUGAUUUAGAAGUCACUUCUUUUGAACCCUAUUACAAAACUCAAAAAUCUAAACUUCCUAACAAUAAAUACUUUCGUUACUAUAUGGAUGUAUUUUUUGCUUUAGUAAGUAUUAUACAAGUUUUAUCGACCAGAUAGCAACUGCUAAAAGGAGAAGAGAGAAUAAUGAAAGAAUACUUUAUCCCAAUUGUUGAAUAUUUAAUACUAUACUAUUUUUGUGGGGAUGCUUUGGAAGGAUUAACACUUUUUAUGGUAAUUUAAUCCACUUCAAGUUACUUAACCCUCAAAUAUUCAUUAAUUACUCAUCAUAAUAAUAUUUGUUAUACAGAUGGAUGCUCUAUUGUCUUAUUUAGAGAUUUUGGAAUCUAUACCUUAUAAACAAGCCAAGAUCAUGAUCUAUAAGUUAUUUCCCUUUUAGCAUGUUUCUUUUUUAAGGGUUUAAUUUACACACAUUACAACAUAUGUUUCCUACUGUAGAGGAAUCAAGAAUUCCUGAAAUUCAGAACUAUCUUUUGGAAACUCUACAAGAUUUCAAUUUAUAACAUAUAUAUAAACAACGCAGAGUUGAUGAAUUAUACAAUUGAGUCAAAUUUAAUAAAUUAUAAACAGAUAAUUUAAAUGCAUAUUUCCAUGAUAAUUUCGAAAGCUUUUUAUUCUGCUUAAUGA